ACCAGACAGAUUGCUAACAAAUUUAUGCACGUCACAGUUUGGAUAAAAUAUUUAAUAGAAUAGCAUUUGACAUUGCUUGGUCCACGCUCAACAAGCACUUGUUGAAUAAGCUCUUAUCAAUGAUUCACGUUAUCGAUUCGUUAAUUGUCAUCCGGUGUUGCGAACAGGGUUAAAUUUUAAUUUCUAUAUCCAUUAUUUUUAUACGUGUCAGGCUUUCCUGGUGCUGGUGGUGGUUUUUUAAGGAUUAUAACAAGAUUUUACAGAAAUAUUGAUUCUUAUUAGUACAAAAAUUAAAUACUAAUCGAUUAAAAAUAAUGACAUCGUUUCACGUUAUCAUGAUUAAAAUCAUUUUAACUACGACGAUAACCCUGCUAUCGUGCCAUCCAAACUUAACCUCAGCUAAAUACGUGUCAGAGAAUUAUCCACAAGAAAGCGUACAAAUCGACUAUCUGAAAUCCAGCGAAACUUUUCAGACUUCUAUGGAUGUGGAACAAAGUGGAAAAUUUUCCUUUAGCAUCGCUUUAAUCUCCUUCGUGUGCCCCUUGGCGCAGGAAGAUGAUGAUCCCCCAUAUUUAAGCAUUUACACGAGGAGAAAUGGGCCUGAAGUGGCACAAUUUCCUUGCAAAAAUAAGAAGCAGAAUAACAAUUGGGAAGCUCUGGAAUCUGUCCGUGGUUCGAUCUGGUUCAACAUAACUGCCUCGCCAGGUUGGAAAGUUGACUGGUCAGCGAAAAUUGUGGGGACUCUUUACCAAAAUGAAUACGCAACAAAUGGACAAUGCGCUCCAGGAUAUUUUGAUUGUGACGCACCAAAUGAAAAGUGUGACGGAAAAAAUUUGGGACGAAAUUUUUCAGAACUGCAGAAAAUUCAUGAAACUGCUGGAACUGCAAGAUGCAUCCUGAAUAAACUGGUCUGCGAUAAAACACCAAGUUGUGCCAUGCUAUGCAAUCCAGAUGAGGUUGAUUGUAAAGGAGGUGGAGGUGAUGAUGACGAUGAUGACGAUUUCGGAAUUUCCAUCUGGGUCUAUAUUGGCCCAGCAAUUGGCGUCGUGGCAAUCGUGGUGAUAAUCCUGCUCUGUCGAUACUCUCGAACCUGUGGGGUCACCCAUACGCCGUCCAGGAUGAAACCAACGCCACACGCACAACAGCCCCAAAGUCAACCACAAGAACCAUCAGCUCCUGCUGCGGAACUGGAUAGACAAAUUAUUGGGGCCGUCGUCAUCCCCAUCGUGUCCGGUCGGAUGGAUACCACCAACAGAAACCCGGCGUACCCUCCAUCAUAUGAGGAAUCAAUUGCACAAUAACUUCAUAAAAUGCUUCAGACUGAUUUAUAAAACAAAAUUGC